AUGUCUUCUGAUCCCUUUGCGUACUUGUGGGAAUGUCCCGGCAGCGUGGACGGCAGUGGCAUCAGCAGUACCGACCACACGUACGAAAUUAUAACUGCUCCCAGCACCACCGCCAGUGAUGACACGGAGGGCGUACCUACUCCAAGCACGAGUACUCGUACGUUGGCUUGGCUGGAUGACGAUUCGCACGCCGCAAACACGAACCAGCUCGCAGGCAUCCAGAGUCCUGCCGGGACGUUGCUCCCGCCAGAGCCUGCGGUCCUGCUCGCCGAGAUCUGCAAGGCUGCUGAAGACGUGGCACAGCUCGUUGGGCGAUUCGGCCCCAAGAUGGCCGGAACGCUCGCUAAACCCCGUAUCAUGGCGGCGCUCUUCCAGGACCACAACCAGCUCCGGUUGCCGAGCCUGAGAUAUGCCGACUGCUUCACUUGUCGGCGCACAGAGCCCUACGCGAAGCCGGGCCGCCCCCGUGCAAGUGGCGAGGAACCGCUGCUGUGGUGGUUGUGGGAUGCGCUGCUCAUGUUGCUUGACCGCUCAGGCACAUCGACUGACUUCACCUUCAAAUUUACGCCCGCCCGCAACACCGACAUGGCCCUGCCCUACGAGAUCAGCAUCAAGCUCAAAGACUUGUGCAACAUCGAGAUGACGGCGAAGUACGGCGGUAGCUUCAACGAGCGGCGCAUCUUUGACGCGGACAUUGCAAUUUUUCGCCCUCACCAGCCGGUGGGUUUCGACGAGACCCCCCCAGCCGUCCUGGCCGUCGAUGAAACCCCGUAUACAGGUGAUGGCAACUACGGAGACGCGCUCGACUACCUCAUGCCGCGCACGAGUAUCUGGCGCAGCGCCAUGGAGAUUACUUCCGAGAAACAGGUGGAACUGGUCACUGCUCUCGCCGGAACUUGCAAGGCCGAGGAUGACUGGUGGCGCAUCGUCGUAACGGAAUAUCAAGACUCGCAGUGCAAGAACCUAUUGCGGCGGCUCCCACCAAGGGCCAGAAAGUUCAUCGAGGAGGACCGUCUGGUCGGUAAGGAGAGCGGGUGUUUCAGCAAGAUGUGGAAUCGCCCUGAGGGCCCCAAGUCUUAA